UGGCGCCCCGCGGGUAUCAGCGUGAAGGGGGCUCCUCGCCGGCUGGGGACUGGGCUGCAGGGCUCGCCAGCCGCUCACCUGCGUGGGAGCGCAGAGGCCGCAGUACCCGCAGUCCGGGCUCAGAGGACGCGACUCCCCGACCCUGCGCCCAACAGCCCCCGGUGGCCGUGCGCCCGGCCCAGGCUCGGAGGUCCAGCCCAGCGGCAGCUUAGGCUGCGCGCCUGGCUCCCAGCCUCAGUUUCCCCAUUGGUAAAGAGUUGACGGGUGGUUGCGGACGGCUUCUACGGACAGAGCUUUGGGCUCCGACGUCUGCGCGGGUCCCGGCAGCACCCCCACCCCGAAGGGAGGGCGGGACCUGGAUCUCGCGACCGCUGCCCCAGGUCCCCGCCCCCGGGCCCUACGGGGCUGAGGUCGGGAGGCCCCGCCCCCCGCCCACGAGGAAGUGGCUGCGGCUCCGGCGCGGAGCCCAGAGCUGGUUCGGCGCGUCGACUGCCCAGAGUCCGCGGCCGGGGCGCGGGAGGAGCUAAGCCGCCAUGGCCUACCACAGCUUCCUGGUGGAGCCCAUCAGCUGCCACGCCUGGAACAAGGAUCGCAGCCAGAUCGCCAUCUGCCCCAACAACCAUGAGGUGCACAUCUAUGAAAAGAGCGGUGCCAAAUGGACCAAGGUGCACGAGCUGAAGGAGCACAACGGGCAGGUGACAGGCAUCGACUGGGCCCCGGAGAGUAACCGUAUUGUGACCUGCGGCACAGACCGCAACGCCUACGUGUGGACGCUGAAGGGCCGCACGUGGAAGCCCACGCUGGUCAUCCUGCGGAUCAACCGGGCCGCCCGCUGCGUGCGCUGGGCCCCCAACGAGAACAAGUUUGCUGUGGGCAGCGGCUCCCGUGUCAUCUCCAUCUGUUAUUUCGAGCAGGAGAAUGACUGGUGGGUUUGCAAGCACAUCAAGAAGCCCAUCCGCUCCACCGUCCUCAGCCUAGACUGGCACCCCAACAACGUGCUGCUGGCUGCUGGCUCCUGUGACUUCAAGUGCCGGAUCUUUUCAGCCUACAUCAAGGAGGUGGAGGAACGGCCGGCACCCACCCCAUGGGGUUCCAAGAUGCCCUUUGGGGAGCUGAUGUUCGAAUCCAGCAGUAGCUGUGGCUGGGUACAUGGCGUCUGCUUCUCAGCCAGUGGGAACCGCGUGGCCUGGGUGAGCCACGACAGCACCGUGUGCCUGGCUGAUGCUGACAAGAAGAUGGCCGUGGCGACUCUGGCCUCUGAAACGCUACCACUGCUGGCGCUGACCUUCAUCACAGACAACAGCCUGGUGGCAGCGGGCCACGACUGCUUCCCGGUGCUGUUCACCUAUGACGCCGCUGCGGGGAUGCUGAGCUUUGGCGGACGGCUGGACGUUCCCAAGCAGAGCUCGCAGCGUGGCUUGACGGCCCGCGAGCGCUUCCAGAACCUCGACAAGAAGGCGAGCUCGGAGGGCGGCACGACUGCGGGCGCGGGCCUGGACUCGCUGCACAAGAACAGCGUCAGAUCUCAGUGCUCAGUGGGGGCAAGGCCAAGUGCUCGCAGUUCUGCACCACUGGCAUGGACGGCGGCAUGAGUAUCUGGGAUGUUAAGAGCUUGGAGUCAGCCUUGAAGGACCUCAAGAUCAAAUGACCUGUGAGAAAUAUGUUACCUUCAUCCUAGCUGCUGGGGAAGCAGGGAGAGGAGUCUGGGUGGCUAAUGGUUGCUUUGCUGAAUGUUUCUGGGGUACCAAUGUGAGUCCCCAUAGGGGCUGCUCCCUCAAAGAGGGGACAGAUGGGGAGCUUUUCUUACCUAUUCAAGAAAUAUGUGCCUUUUUCUUAAAGAAAUGCUUUCAUUUAUUGAAGGAAAAAAAAAUGCCCCCAAAGCACUAUGCUGGUCACGAACUGCUUCAAAAUGUGGAGGUAAUAAAAUGCAACUGUGUAAAAAAAAAAAAAAAAAAAAGCAAUUGUGGACACGCUU